UAUAUAUAUAUAUUUUCUUAGAAAUUGUAAAGAAAAAAGAAAGAGAAUACUUAAAAAAUGUCGCUCAACCGUUCUUUAUUGGAUGCAGUGAAAGAGAAUGAUUUGGAUCUAGUGAAAGAGUUGUUACAACACUCUGUUGAAGUAAACUGUACAGAUGAGUGUGGCUACACACCCCUUCAUUGGGCAGCAAUAUAUGGGAAGCCGGAAAUCACUCACGCCUUGUUGAAUGACAGCAAUUGCGACAUCAAUUUAAAAGAUAGAGAUCACUACACAGCCCUCCAUCUUUGCACAAAACAUGGCCACAACCACGUGUUACAACUGCUGAUCAAUUAUGGCGCCAAUAUAGAUUUAAAAACAAAGGGUGGAAGAGUAGCUGAAGACCUUGCUCUUGCCCGCGGAGCGAUGGAUACAGUUCAAAUAUUUCAAAAUGCAAGAAAGAAAAAGCAAAAUUCAAAUCGAAACAAACCAAAAGUAUGGGAGCUAGGGAAAUUGUUGGGUUGCGGAGCUUUUGGUCAGGUCUAUUUGGGAAUCGAUACGGAGACGGGAAAGGAAGUUGCUAUUAAAUGCAUUAAAACAAACGGCCAAAGGUUAACAGUCAUCAAAAAGCAAGUACAGGAGCUCGACAACGAAAUUGGUGUGCUUCGAAAUUUAAGCCACAAGAACAUUCUUCAGUAUUAUGGAUUUGAGAAAGUCAAACCCUCUUCCAUGUAUAUCUUUAUGGAGUACAUGCCAGGAGGCAACAUGCACGAUCUGGUACAGCGAGUUGGAGGUCUCGGUGAAGAGCAACUACGUAAAUACACGCAACAAAUUAUCGAAGGUGUUUCUUAUCUCCACGUGAACAUGGUCAUACACAGAGACAUCAAAGGCGCAAAUAUCUUACUUGAUUUAAAUCACGUGAAUGUUAAACUAGCCGAUUUUGGCUUGUCGAAGAAAAUAGAGAGAUGCAGCAUGAUGAGUGACCUACAGUCAGUGCUCGGUAGCCCAUAUUGGAUGGCACCUGAGGUAAUCAAGGCAACACCGACGAACAUUGGUUACGGACGAAAAGCUGAUAUCUGGAGCAUUGGAUGCACCAUGAUUGAAAUGCUAACAACCAAACCACCUUUCAGUAACAUGGAACCAAUGUCUGCCAUGUAUAAUAUUGGAUCUGGUAGAAAGUCGCCCGAAAUACCAUCAGGAUUAUCGGAUUCACUGGGGGACUUUUUUUAUCAAUGUUUUAAAAGGGAUCCGAGAUGUCGACCGUCUGCGCAGGAUCUUCUCAAUCAUCCAUACCUAAAAAAAGACAGAUUCCCAUCUGUUCAACAGGAAAGCGAGGCUAACUGUCAACAACAACGCGCCAAAAAAACUUCGUUACUAUCACGUAUAAACUGCCAAUUAAAAACCAUACUUUCGAAUUUAAAUAAGCUACUUCGUUCCGUCAUUGGCAAAUCAACUGAUCUACAAAAUGAAUCUUGAGAUUCGAAAAAGAAAAUCCUGAUGUUGUUGACCUGCUGAAGACGGUAAACAUAAGAUGCUGGACAUCUAUACAAGCGGUGAUUGAAAAGCGAAAAAUUUAAUAAACAAACUUAAGGAAGAGUUGGAACUUCCUAUCUUCAACACUCACAUCCUAUGUUUUGGAAUGAUUUCAAAAACGUCUUUAUUGGAGCAGGCAGCAAAGAUUUGUUAAACUACCAUCCUGUACAUAUCCAUAUAGGCACACGCAUAUUUCCUGUUUAAGACUAACGACUUUUUACUUACUCUGUGGUAUUUUUUGUACAUACCACAAACAAUUUUGUUUGCACCAGCUGGAUCUGGUAGCUUUGUACGUGUAAAUAAUUUCCUUGUGUUUAAAAAAGAGAAUUUAUUUAGAAAAUAACUGAAUUCAGCUGGUCCUGAAUAUAUACUAUUUAAAAUAUCUACGAAGGAGAGUUGUUCUGUAAAUAUUGUCACUUAAUUUAUUAGUGCAACAAAGGAAAAAAAUACUCAUUCGA